UUGUUUGACAAUUAGACUACGCGUGCAUGACAUUGUUCACAUACUGACUUUCCGCCUGUGCCUUAUCCGUGCUGAGCAGAGCAUGAGCAUAGCUUCUACCCGAGAAGCUGAGCAGCAAUUUCCUUCCGAUGCGAGGCUAUCAGUGAUACAUCUUCUUUCUUCCCUUCCAAUAUCGAUCCUCUUGAAGGUAAUUCGAGGGUCCAUAGGUGGAACGGGGAAGCCUUCUGUCUCGCUAUAUUCUACUGCUGCGACGAUCAGUAUUAACUCACAUCAUACAACGUCGGCCAGUUCAAUUUGCUCGCUGAGACACUCUCCCCCACACGACAUGAAUGGUAUAAAUUAAGCCAAUUCAAGAUGAAUAUCGGAUUACAUCCUGAUAUUCCAAGCGGAGUUCCCCUAAUCCUCAAAGCCAAUUGCGAAGAGCGCAUGAAAAGGAUUCGAUUUGGACCUGAUGUUAGCAAUUUGUGUUUUGAUGAAUUUCAAAGGAAAGUUGGACAUGCAUUGCAAUUCGACGACGUGGAUUUCUCGGUAACAUGGCAAGAUGAUGAUGGAGAGUAUUGCCAUAUCACGAAUACGGAUGAUUUAAAGGAAGCUUUGCUCUACUUUGCUCCUUCUACAAUCACUUCUUCGGCAGCGUCUUCCGGAAGUAGCAGCAAUGGAACCACAGAACUACCCCCAAUCACAAUGCGUGUCAAUGUGCAAGUUGAAACGGCCGUCUCGCUGAGUGACUUUGGCAGCUCUGUUUGGGGCGGAAGCGAUGAAGAGGAUGAAAGUUGGUACGGCGAUGAAGGUGGCAGCAGCCCAGGCAAGAAGUCAAUGAGUAAUGCAUCUUUGGGCAGCAGCCGAUAUCGAUUGAGCACUGCUAGCGGUUCUAAUGCACGCAGUCGAAAGACGCACGGUUCAUCGAGAAUAAGCUCACAGGCAUCAUCGACAAGCUCCAGCAGCUCUUGGCAAUACCCACAAAGUCAGAUGGCUUACAGUCCAAAUCGUUCAGAGAUGAGCAGACAUGGACCUUCACCGCUUGGUAAAUGGCGAAAUGGGGUCAGACAAGGUUCUGUGGCCAGUGAAGAUCCAAGUGAGCUCAAUUCGCUUAGUAGCCUAUCAAUCCAUCCUUCUUCUCGCUCACGACGCCAAGAACGACAUACACACCAUUCAGAUUCGGAUUCGGACGGCAGUUGUGACACACAUGCUCCUCGGAUCAAGCAUGCUGGUGGAAGAAAUACAAUUCGACAGGAAGAACCAAACGGAUGGAAUGUUCAUGUUGGUAUUCAAUGCAAGACUUGCCAUAUUGAACCAAUCAUUGGGGUACGUUAUCAUUGUGCAUCUUGCGUCAAAGGUGCAGACUUUUGCUCCGAUUGCGAGAGGACAGGAAAUGCGGUCCGAUUGUCUACCCAUCAUGAAGAAUCGCACAUUAUGAUCAAAUUUGGUACUCCGCUCAAUGGAGUGGAUGUAGCAGAUGUUCUGGGACGUGCUUUGCAUGUCACAAGUCAAAGGCUGGUGGAACAAGCGAGUGAUUCAUCCUCUUCCACUUCGGGUCCAUCAACUUCACCGACGAAAAUUAGAACCAAGACAUAUGCUGUUCGAGGACAGAUGCCCAAGAACGUGUUGCGAUGCUCAUUCUGUGCUGGAUCUGUGAUUGGUACACGAUACAUUUGUGCAAAUUGUCCAAUCGUAACGAUUGAUUCCCGUGACGGAUACAACCUUUGUUCCUCGUGUGAACUGCAAUCACUUAGAUGUCACGACCCAACACAUUUUUUCAUCAAGAUCAGGAUGGAUCCCACUACUGCGCAUAUUGAUAGGAUAGCCCUCGGUGAUCGAUGGGAAAUACAAGAAUUGACAGGCGGUGGAUCAUUAUUGCCUUGCUUGUAUUCGGACUUGCCAGUUCCCGAUCCGUUUUUACCGCCAAACGAACGAAACGGUCAACGAAAUUCAACGAUUCGAUUGGGUGAUGGAUUACAGAUCCAGGGUGCAGAUGGCAGUCAGAUCUCGAUUGGAUCACCCAACGAAGCGAAUGGAGGCUUGAUGAUGCGAGGCACUAGUGGUUCCGAAAUAUCGAUCGAUGGUUCGAAUAUGGGAGGAGGCGGUGCGUUGGGUCUUCGCGGUUGGUGUCCUCCAUGGUUAGGAGGGCAAUCACAAAGGGAUAUUGAAUUGCAAAGGAUGCGUGAAGCGAAUGCUCGGGUCGUCGUUCCAUUGGAAAUGUUGGUUCAUCCUUCGAUUUUAUGCGAUAAUUGUUUUCAGUUGGUUCAUGGUGCUUGGUAUAGGUGUUGCCAUUGUACAACUUCUUAUGAUUUAUGUGGAACGUGUAUGUCAAGAAUUGCUCAUGAUCAAACUCAUGCUUUUGCCGUUUUCAAACAACCUGUAGAUUUGGAUUUGUUCAAAUCUUGCGUGGAUCAUCAAGAUGCUGGUGAUACACCAGGUGCUUCAAGACCUAUGCUUAACUUUUCACUCUCGUAAAUGGGAUGCGUCGGGAAAUGGUUUGUCUAUUAUA